GACCCUUCCCUCACCCAUCCCUGCCUCACUCCCCCCAUCGUCAAAACGUCCCCUUCAUCCUUUUUCUCGCCGUCAUUCUUGAUAUUCCUGGCCUCCUCGAUCCCGCAGUAGCCCGGACUGGACAUCAGGCUGCUCACCUCGCAACAAAUCGACUUCGCGGACGGCGGAAUCCACUUCGCCAUGACGGAGCCUGAGAACUUCGAAGAGGACCUCUUCGCCGACCUCUACGACGACAAUGACGCCUCCAAGGGAGCUCCUGCCCCUGCGCCGGUGGCGCCUGUGAGCAGUGCACCCGACGACACUGGCGAAGCCGCAGUGUCUUCCACGAGAGAUGCUGAGAACGCAGCGGGCGGCGAAGCAAUGGCACACGAUGCCGAGGACGACGACGAAGAGGACGACGAUGAGGUCGACUUCAACCUUGGCGGGGGCAGCACCGCGACAGCCCCCGUCCCCCAGCAUGACGAUACCCCCUCCACGCCUCCCUACGGAACCGUUCACAAGGCAAGCGCCAAAGACGACGGGAAAAUGUUCAUCGGUGGAUUGAAUUGGGAAACUACAGACCAGUCCCUCAGAGACUACUUCUCGCAGUUUGGCGAAGUCGUAGAGUGCACCGUCAUGCGCGACAGCAGCACCGGCCGAUCUCGCGGUUUCGGUUUCCUAACUUUCAAAGACGCCAAGACGGUUAACAUCGUCAUGGUCAAGGAGCACUUUUUGGACGGCAAAAUUAUUGACCCCAAGCGCGCCAUCCCGCGGGAUGAGCAGGAAAAAACUAGCAAGAUCUUUGUCGGGGGUGUCAGCCAGGAGACGACGGACCAGGAGUUUCGAGACUACUUUGCGCAGUUCGGACGGGUCGUGGAUGCUACCCUGAUGAUGGACAAGGACACGGGUCGCCCCCGUGGCUUCGGCUUCGUCACCUUUGAGAGCGAGGCCGGCGUCGACGCCUGCAUCAACGUUCCUCUGGAGAUUCACGGCAAGCCCGUCGAGGUCAAGAAGGCCCAGCCGCGCGGCAACCUCCGUGAGGAGGAGGAGGCGGCCAAGCGCAACAAGUUCCGCAAGGACGAGCAGUCGGGCCAAGGCGGCAUGGGCGGCGGCCAGCAGAUGGGCGGCGCCACCAACGGCAUGACACCCCAGCUCAUGGCGCAGUACUUUCAGCGCAUGCAGCAGUACUUCAACAUGAUGCAGAGCCAGAUGGCCAUGAACCGGGGCAUGCAGAUGAACCCCGCAAUGUGGCAGCAGAUGAUGCAGAUGCAGCAGAUGCAACAGCAAAUGAUGGCUGGUGGCCGCGGAGGCGGACCCGGCAACAACCCACAGAACAUGAUGGGAGGAGGCAACAUGAAUCCGCAGAUGAUGCAGCAGAUGCAGCAGCAAAUGAUGCAGAUGCAGCAACAACAACAGCAACAACAGCAGCAGCAGGGCGGACAGCAACAGCAGCAGCAACCCCAAGGCGGCGGCGACCAGGGCAAUUACGGAGGCGGAUUCCAGCAAGCUCCGCCCCAGGGACCGGGAGGCGGCCGGCGGGGUGGCCGAGGCGGCGCCGGCGGCGGCGGCUACGGCGGAGGCGGAGGCGGAGGUUACGGCAUGGGCGGAGGCGGCGGCGGCGCCCCGACAUCGUGGGAGGGCAUGUACGACGACGUGCCGCAGCCCAGCGCCGGCCAGGGAGGCUUCCGCAGGGGCGGCGGCAGCGGCUCUCAGGGCACCCCCGAUCCGCAGAAUGCGCCGCCUGCCAACGCGCCCACGGGGCCCAAGAACGCCGGCCGCCCCGGCGCAAACUAUCGCGGCGGCGGACGCGGCGGCAACAGGGGCUUCCACCCGUACGCGCGGUAGUGCCGCCCGCAUUGCCCGCGAGGAAGGGGGUUUGUUCAACGCGGCCGAGGACGAGGCUGCUCCUUGCUGCAUGGCUAGAGGGCGUAAACAGGCGCAUGGAGUCCUACGAGAGACGGCGGCCAUGGAGGGCUGUAUAUACGUAUGGUGAGGAGUUUGUGGGGUGAGGGAGGGGGGGAGGCUUUCCGGCUCAGGAGUUUUGUCGGCAAAGACUGACGGGGGUGCCUGGUUUCACACGGAGUGCGUCAGUUUUACCUGCUUUUGCUCAUCACUUUUCCUUUUUUCCCCCCUUGUUUCUUCUGUGCGUGUGGUCGUUGCAUUCCAUUCCCUUCUCUCCCCCCUUUACGCCCCCUCUUCCUUUCCUAAACACCAAGGAACCGUGCGCGCGCGCACACACACACUUUUCUCUUGUACGAUAGGUAGGAUGAGGUAGCCGCCGACGAGGUGCGCGGCCUCAGGAGAGUCCCCAAGCAAAGAAACCUUUUCGGACUGAUGAAUGGAUGCGACUGGAUCAUGGGAGCAGCAAUUGCUAGCAAGCAAGCAAGCAAAGCGGCAGUGAAGGGGAACAGAAACACGUCGGACUCGGGCGGAGACUACUUAGCCGGCUAUCAUCGGGCCCGCCACAGACCACGCACGUCCUGCGGGAAGGGAAACUGACUGGACUGAUGGCCAUGGGGCUCCUGCCUGCCUACGUAGUUAACUCGUGUCGUCCUCGUUUAUCAUCGCCGUCGGUUGAUUGUGCUGUUUUGUUGCAUCCCGGGGAGGCGGCGGCGUUAUCCACUCGACAGCGAGUGAGUGGGUGAUAAAGGAAGAGAAAUACAUCAAAC